AUGGCAACCCAAUUCCCCCCGCCCUCGAAGCGCCAAAAGCGCGAAGCCAUUGCAGCGUCUAGCACUCAAGCCCCCACCGAGUCCAUCCCCGAUGGCAGCAUCCGCAUCCGCUUCGUCGACCAAAGCACUGGCACCUCGGGAACCCUCCCCGUGCUCACCGUUCCUCUUUCCCAAGCUACGACCACAAACCUCAAUCUCCUACUCAACAGCCUCAAAGACCAGCUCGACGACGAUGCGAUUCCCUACCGGUUCUACCACGGCGAGUCCCCCGAGGCACUCGGCGACAAAGAAGAUGUGUACAACUCGUUAGUGAAGCCAGGAAGAGUGACGGCCGAAGAGGAGGUCGUGCUGCAAUACGCGCCGCAGGCGGUCUUUAGAGUGAAGGCUGUGAGUCGGUGCGCUGCGGCUGUGAGUGGUCAUGGGGACAAUAUUUUGGCGGUGCAGUUUAGUCCGAAGAACAGUUCGCGGAUGGCGAGCGGGAGUGGGGACAAGACAGUGAGGAUAUGGGACUGUGAUACGGGAACGCCAGCGCAUACACUUAAGGGGCACUCAAGAUGGGUGUUGGCGGUGAGCUAUUCGCCGGACGGCGCGUUGCUUGCGUCGGGGGGUUACGAUAACGAGCUGCGGAUUUGGGAUCCGGAGACGGGGAAGCAGAUCGGUGGGCCGCUGAAAGGGCAUACAAAUUUCAUAACUAGUCUGACUUGGGAACCUUACCAUUUACAACAAGAGGGACGGCCGAGAGUAGCCAGUUCGAGCAAGGACGGGACGGUGAGGGUGUGGGAUGCGAUUGGUGGGAAGAUGGAGUAUGCGCUUGCAGGACAUAAGGGCAGCGUCACAUGCGUGAAAUGGGGAGGCACAGGAAGAAUAUACACCUCCUCGCACGACAAGACCAUCAAAGUCUGGAACGCCCAAGAUGGCACACUCAUCCACACACUUUCGGGCCACGCACACUGGGUAAACCACCUCGCGCUCUCCACUGACUUCGUCCUCCGAACCUCAUACCACGACCACACCGGCAAGGUACCGCCAACACCAGAAGAAAAGCUCGCGAAAGCGAAAUCGCGCUUCGAAAAGGCGGCAACGACAAACGGAGAGAUCGUGGAGCGCCUGGCAACCGCUUCGGAAGAUUGCACGAUUUUCCUCUGGACCCCACUCACCAGCAAUAAACCCGUCACACGAAUGACAGGCCACCAGAAGCAAAUCAACCAAGUUUGCUUCUCGCCCGACGGCAAUCUUCUUGCGUCUGCGGCCUGGGAUAACCACGUCAAGCUAUGGUCCGCUCGGGAUGGGAAGUUCCUUUUCACGCUUCGCGCUCACGUUGGUCCGGUGUACAUGGCGAGCUUCUCCGCAGAUAGUCGGUUGUUGGCGAGCUGCAGCAAGGAUACGACAUUGAAGGUGUGGGACAUGCGGACCGGAAAGCUGAAACAAGAUCUACCAGGGCAUCAGGACCAAGUAUUCGCGCUCGACUGGAGUCCAGAUGGCGAGCGUGUCGGAAGUGGUGGUGCCGACAAGCAAAUUCGGAUAUGGAGGAAUUGA